AUGAAGACUCGUUUGGAUCCACAUAAUACCGCAGAAAGAUAUGCUAUCCUGAGACACAUCGCCAAGCUUGCUGGGAUACAUUAUGCUUGCCCCUUGUGUAUGAGUGGGUUUGCAACCUCUGAUCGCGUCUUGCAGCACUGCGAGCAUGAAAAGGACGAGCACCACAAAAGCCUUCUGUCAGAGGAGCAGAACGAUUUCCUAGCAUUCUACGGGAAUUCUAUGGGACAAAUACUUGAAUGCGACGACUUGAAGAUCAACUACGACGAAUAUGGAAGACCCGAUUUCCGCGAAUGCUUUCAACUUGACGAGAUCCUCAAGUGCAAAUGUAAGACCGCUGUUGCCGCUGUUGUUAUUGCUAAGACAUCAUUCUGA